AUGAACUGGAUCAUUCCUUGGGAGGCUCUGGACCCUUCUAGCAACCGAGGUCGCCAUCACCGCCGAACUUCCAUCGGCUACGUCAAUCAAAAAUCGGCCGCUGUUAACCGUGGCAACGUCGUAACCCCUUCCGCUGUCAAUGCGGAUACCAACGCUGCGACCAACACUCCUGGCGACAAAGGUGUGGUGUUUGAAGUGGACACUCCAACAGCCACUUCGCCAGAACGUCAAUUCCUUCUCGCAGCAGACGACGAAGAGGAACUGGAUCCAGACAUCGAAAAAGGCCCGAUUGGGGACAACCCAUCAGCUUCAGUCGAUGCUACUGCACAUCCUCCUCUUCCACCCUCAUCUCAAAGUUCCAAAGUAACUUUCGGUUCCCCUACUGCGCUGCAACUGAAACAGCAACAGCAGCAACCGAAGAAGAGAUCCUCCCAUGGUAGUGGAAUGCGCACUUUGUUCAAGGUGGGUACUGCAGAGUCACAUUCAUCACCCCCGACUCCACAGACGAUGGAGGACUCAUGGGCUGGUGGCAACAGUGGUGGGAUGGGGAACUGGUGGCAUCGACAGCAACGCUGGUCAAGAAAGAGUGAGGUGCUCAGCCAGGAGGACCCGAAUUCGGGUACUUCUGGUGGUGGCGGUGCAAGUGUUGGGUGGAUGACGUGGUUGGGUGGAAGCGGAGUAGCUACUCACAAGAAGAGUGCUCAUGAAUUUCCGUCGAUGGGUGAGAAACGACGACGGAAGGUUAGCUCAAAACGUCUACCACACUCAAAGCCAAGGCGGAAGAAGUCGUCGUUUGCGUGGGAUGGUGGAUUCAUGAAUAACAAGUCCAUGGUAGGAGCUUGA